ACAUUAUCAUCCAACCUGCGCUACGUCCACUUUUCCACUAGCUUCGUUUUGUUUUGGUAUUAGAAAGGAUCGAAGAAAAUUCUUUCCCGUCCGUGGUUCUCCAGUUUUCCAGCGUUUCGAAGCAAUUUUUCCACCAUUGAUCUUGCCAUGUCACUCAAAUCGCAGGACGACAUUCCGCUGGCGGAUGACGAUUUAGAAGUCAUCAUCAACGAUGACGAAAGCUCCAAGUACAUGUGCAAUGGGCGAUCGCUCGACUCGAUUGCCAGCUCGUACACGAACGGCAACUCCAGCCCGCAGCAGUUCCUGGAAAACGAAAGCCCCGACGCGGACGAGCAGGAGGAGAAGGCCCGUCUCAUCGCCCAGGUGCUCGAGCUGCAGAACACGCUGGACGACCUGUCCCAGCGGGUGGACAGCGUGAAGGAGGAGAAUCUCAAGCUGCGCUCCGAGAACCAGGUGCUCGGCCAGUACAUCGAGAAUCUGAUGUCCGCCUCGUCGGUGUUCCAGUCGACCACGCCGAACAAUGUGCAGAACAAGAAGAAGUAAUCGGGCUUGGCGGGGUAGCGCUCCGUUCCCCUCCCAACAAGAAAGCUUCGCUGCUGUGACAAACGCGAUCCACUUUGAAGCCAAAGAUAUUCCACGAGUGCUGCUGUUGCUGUAAUCAUGUUUGUAGAAUGCCAAGACACGCCAACGCCGUACCCAGAGCUGUGGGUCGCUGCACGGGGGAUCCGAAUCCGGCACCGGCUAGAGCAAGGGACUUUGAAUUAAUAUUUACGCUUUAACCUCCGUUCGAGGGGCUCUUUGGGGGCCAUCGACCACAUGACCACGCCUUUGCCUAGAACAAACCGUGUACCGGGUGUAGCAUUCGACUGUUGUUAGUGUGUUGACUGAUGAGCGCCCAUUACAUUAGGCCUUUUACGUGUUUUCUUUUGCAUCGUUUAUUUACCGACACGCCGGUAAAGUCGCGCAGUGCAUUCCGAAGAGGGUGGUAACCUUAAGCUUAAGUUUUGUUUUUUUAGUAAUUCACCCUGGUAUUAUCCCACUGCGCUCCUCCUCCACUCCCCAUGUAACAUUAAGAGUGGCAGAAGUUAUUUGAACGCUUACAAAAUAACACGUCACGAUCAAUUGGAAUACUCCUCUCCACCUGGAACUAUAUUUAUUUCGUACAUCAAAUAAAUUGUAAACUCACAACGCACAA